CCCGCGCGCUCCCUCGAUCCACUACCCGUACUCUAGUACAUCAUACUUUGUUUACUCGAUAUGAGUGAGUGUUCUGUGCACGACUUCACGUGGUUCUGCGGUGGAGUUGUGGUGGCUGUGUUUACGGCACGUGGUGAGCGAGCAGGUAUACAAAUUCAUUUCCCUGCCGCUGUCGCUUACGAACACCUUCAAAGCUUCGGCUGAUCUUAGUUGUGCCCGUCAAGAUAUAGGCCAUCUCUGCACCGUUGACAACAAUUAGCCGCAAGUGCUGAUUGCUGCUGGUUGGCUCAGUCCAGAAACAGGCCUCACAAAUGCGAUGAGCCUAGCUGAAAGCAUCACUGCCAAAAGGGUACGCCACGUCCCUUCAAAGGUCCUUGGUCAGUUCGAGGUUGGCAUGCAGCACAGCUUGCCUCUGGCUGACAAAUCUGUUGACUGUUCGUUGAAACCAGGGAGUGAGUCUAGGAGCGUGCAGACGACGGAGGCUGUGGAACAGUUAAGCUCCACCUCAGCAUCAAGACCUUUAAUUUCUGCAUCAACUGCCAAAUGUGACAACUCAAAGCAAGGAUGCUUCCACCGAUGUCAGCUAUGUGACUAUGAGACUGAUGAACUAUUUCUUCUGGAAGAACAUGCCAGCGACCAUACUGGCGAGAAACUGUUUCAUUGCCCUUUAUGCCAUCGGAGGUUUCCACAGAAGCAGAGACUGAAAACCCACCUGCUCACCCACACAAUCAAGACGCCAUUUCAGUGCACUUCAUGCUUUCGGAGCUUCUCGGAUAAGGCUCACCUGAAAGACCACUUGCGCAUCCAUACGAAGGUGAAACCGUUUCAUUGCCUUUUAUGCCCUCAGAGCUUCUCACGAAAGUAUGACCUGAAAGAUCACCUGCGCACCCACACAGGCGAGAAGCCAUAUCAGUGCCCUUCAUGCUCUCGGGGCUUCUCAAAAAAAUGUCACCUGAAAGCACACCUGGUGACUCACACAAACGAGAAGCCAUAUCAGUGUCCUUCAUGCUCUCGGAGCUUCUCGCGAAAAACCUCCCUGAAAGACCACCUGUGCAGCCACACAGGUGAGAAGCCAUAUCAGUGCCCUUCAUGCUCUCGGGGCUUCUCACGAAAGGGCUACCUGACAAAGCACCUCCCCACUCACUCAGGCGAGAAGCCAUUUGAGUGCCCUUUAUGCUCCCAGGCAUUCUUACGAAAGUAUGACCUGAAAGCGCACCUGGUGACUCACACAAGCGAGAAGCCAUUUGACUGCCCUUCAUGCCGUCAGAGCUUCUCACGAAAGAGCAACCUGAAAGUCCACCUGCGCAUCCACACAGGCGAGAAGCCAUAUCAGUGCCCUUCAUGCUCUCAGAGCUUCUCACACUGCAGCACCUUCAGGAAACACAUGAGGCGAGAAGCCAUUUCAGUGCCCACUCUACCUUCAGAGAUUCUCGUUCAGAAAUGCCCUAAAGAUACACCAUGCAGUGCAUUCAUACAGGUGACCGGCCAUAAAAUUGCACCGUCUCCUCCAGGUCCUCAUCACUUGAACGGACUUCAGAGAGCACAGCACCAUGGUGCUGUAAUGUAGGUCAACAAUCUUGUUGAACUAGAGUCUUAGUUACUUACUCUUAGAUUCUGUGCUGCAAGAUUAGACAGUCACACGUGCAAUGAAACGACAAUGGGUCCAUUGAUAAAGCAUGUGCGUGUGAUGACGGUGAAAACAUACGGUCGUAACUUUUUUCUGAGUGGAUUCUAAUUUGGAAAUAUCCUUUAUGCGUUGAGGCGACCACACUACAGAAGCAUACUCUAAAACAGGUAUAAUUAGUGAUUUAUAGGCUGUAAGCUUGCACUCUUUAGUGCCUUGUUUUAAAGUUCGUUUUAGGCACCCUAAUUUUUGCAGCGCUUUAUAGCAGACUAUUGAUAUGAUUAUGCCAACUAAGGGUUGGCAUAACUAAGGUUAGGUUAGUUGUGAAAGUAAGUCCAAAGCAUUUGUACUUGUUAACUUCGUUAAUACUGUACCCUUGAGUGCCGUAGGUGAAUUUUAGAGGCUGUUUCUUGUUAGUAAAAGUCAUUGCCACAGUUUUGCUGAAGGUAAUGUUUAUCUGUCAUGUGUUACUCCAGUCUGAAAAUGAUGAAAAUAUGUUGUUAAGCACUUCUUGAUCACGAAGAGUAUGAAUUUUGGAAUAGAUCACGCAAUCAUCUGCGUAGAGAUAUUUUCACUUGUGUGUUUCUGGCUACUUCAAUAAUGUCAUUAACAUAUAUGAUGAAUAAGAGCGGCCCGAGAACUGAGCCCUGCAGCACCCGUGACAUUACCUGAGCUAUAGAAGAGGUUUUGCAAUUAAAAGUGACAGAUUGAAGUCGGAGGUGCAGGUAACCGGAUAUCUAGUCAAUUAGUUUAUUACCAGGAAAGAUUGCAGCAAGUUGUAGUAUUCAAUGGCUUACCCUGUGAAAUGCUUUUGAGUAGUCGAAAAAGAUGGCAUCAAGCUGACCGCGGUUAUUUAGUGAUAUGGCUAUGUCAUGCGUAAAUUCUAAUAAUUGUGCUGUAGAAAAUCCUGGUCGGAAACCAUGCUGCUGUGGGGACAGAAAGUUAUUUGCCGAUAAAUACUGAAUGAUGUGCUCGAGAAGUUUGCAACAUGUGGGCAGCUAGUGAUUAGCUGUUUGCUACCAGAAUUGAAGAUGGGAAUGAUGUUAGCUUGUUUCUAAACCUGGGGAACUCAGAGACGUCUCAAGAGAUUUGUUAAAUAUAACUGUCAAGUACCGGGCAUUCCCUUCAGAGUAUCGCUGUAAAUAUUUGUUUGGCCCUCGGUCAGCUCCAAAGCUUUUUGUAAUAUCAAUUGUUAGUAAUAAGUUGUGAACACAAGCGUAAGUUAUAACGAGAGCAGGACGCUCUGGUAAAGUGUUGUUGAUGCAAAAAGGGGGACCGACGCCAUCGUCCUGACAAAAAACACUGAAAAUAAGUGUUGAAAGUUUUGGAAAUAAUCAGAGGAUCAGAGAAAGGGUGAUCGUUAAUGAUCAAUGAUGAAGUGUCAUGAGCAGCCGGAAGCACCGUUUUCAAAACAUCGAUGAGUUUUCUUUCAAGAAUGUUGAUAACAUGGUGUCGAAAUAAAAGUGUCUGGCUUUGUGCAUUUUUGGUUUUUAAUUCCGGCUGAAGCUGGUGCAGUAUUGAGCAUUAGUUGCUAUGACUCACAUUUUUAUGUUUCCGGAGCCUCUCGAUGCCCCUGAUAAGAUGAAUAUUGUCCCCAUUAUACGAAGGGUGCUUCAAGUUGCGUUUCACACACUUCUUGGGAACAAACUGCGGGAUGCAUUUCUUAAGAAUGUUGCAGAACAUAUCAAACAAGUUGUCCACACUGCAAAUGCUGCUAUAUUGUAGAAAAGCGUCAGAAGAGGAUGCUAGAAUAUUACCAAUAGAAUUGUCAUCAGCAUGGGAAAAAUUAUUGACAAUCUGAAAAUCAAGUCUUGCGCUCACAAGUGAAAUCAACCUUCAGCAGAACUUCCUUGUGAUCGGACAGGCCUUCUAUGAUUUGGCAGUCCUAUCCAUUAUGUAGUAACCUUUGGUUAAGGAAAAUCAGAUCAAGGAUUGAGCUCUCACGGGUAACGCUACUAACAAGCUGUGUCAGAUCUAAGAACAAAACCAAAGUCAAUAAGCGAGUCACAAAUUGGCCUCUCACGACCAUACGAAGCCAAUGUACUCCAGGUAAUACAAGGGGUAUUCAAAUCACCAGCAAGGAUCAAUUUACAGUUGUCAAGCUUGUGUUUUAAUACAUAAUUGCAACAAUCUGGAAAUAUAUUUUUUUGGAAUCAGGAGGCUGGUAUAAAGUGCAUGUACCCACCACAAGAUCACCUAUAUAUAAUUUGCACCAUGCCGACUCUGUGUUAAGAAGACUCGGUAUCACUACAAAAUCAAUGCUUUUGAGAAUAAAUAAAGCUACUCCGCCGCCCCUAACUCUUAACCUAUCACAUCGCAAGACAGAGUAAUUAGGAGGCACGAACUCACCUUCCGUGACCAAGUCGUUUAGCCAGGUCUCACUGACACAGAUAAGAGAUGGUUGAUGGCAUUCAAUUAGCGAAUUGAAGUGAACUGGCUUGUUCAAUAGGCUGCGUGCAUUUAUAUUCAGAAUGGUUAGGUUGUAUCUAUCCCGAAGUAACUCUGUGCUGCUAGUGGUGGGUAGGUUGCUGGAAGUUUUGAUAAGCGACUUGCUAGUGUCAUCCCAGGAGUACCAGAUGCUGUCUAAUAUCAGAAUGCCAAAGGUGAGUCGAACCUUGUUCACGUUCUUCCUAAGCUCAACCGAAUUACCCACAAAGCUUUGCGAGUUUGCCACACAGGGAAAGAAAAAUUCUCACUGAUAUGAGUAUCUGACCCUAUGAAUUCAAUAGCAUUCCUUAGUAUCGAACACUUCACUCUGAAAUUGAGCAGCUUAAGUAUGAUAGGUCUCACCUUUGUGCACCGAGCCAAUGACUGCACUCAACGCAGUUGCAUUCUAUUUUCAGUUUCGUGGAAAGGAGCUUCAGCACAGUGGCAAGUAGUUGCUCUUGGAAUUCAGGCGAUGGCUCAGGCACACCAUAGAUUAUUAAGUUGUUCCUACGUGAUUGGUUUUCUAAAUCAUUUUUUCUACCCAGCAGUUCGAUGGCUUUCCUAAGGUCCUCGACUGUUUCUUCUAGAGUAUACACACGCUGGUCGAUGCCAGCGGUGGCCGACGCCUUGCUUCUAUUUUCGAGAUCCUAUCUUCAAAUGCAUCAAUUUUAGCGGUCAGACUUACUAAACCUUGGCUGAAUUCUGUUUGCCCUUCUAGCAGUUCCGUGAGCACAUGUUCAGAUUUUGUGUCUGGGCCAGGGUUUGACUUUACAUCACCCGACAUAAUUAGCAACAUUCUCAAGGAAUGCAACAAACAAGAAAAGGUACACAAAAGGCACUCAGGGUCCAGCAGCAGCAGCAAACAACAAUCGUCACUUCUGAAGUAAUGCACAUGGUGUCUAUUGGUUACCUGCAAGAUGAAGCAAGCAACGUUGAGACAGCCGUUCGCCAUGCUGCUACCGGACCCACUGAAGAGCAGAAGCCGCGAGUCUGGCUUUAUAUCGUCCUGCGAUCACGUGAGCGUUGCAGCAGUUGUCCGCCAUCCACUGUUUGACCAGCACCGAUGAGGUUCGUUGUCGUCGAUAAGCAUGUUCUCGUGUGAUACGAAAUCACAUGUGCCGUUGAAGGUAGAGUCCAAGUUCGUAUGUACCAGAAUGCCACGCAAUCGACAAAUGGAAAAAGCAUAGUCCUCUGGAUAGAGGCGGCCGACGCAAGCAGAGAUCUGCAAGAUGAAGCAAGCAAAGUUCAGACAGCUGUUCGCCAUGCCGCUACCAGACUCACUAUUAGUCGCAUAUUUUAACGCCUUGUAGAAUACAUCAAUUUUGUCCACUUUA